UUAAUUUAAACAGAAUGUCGAAUAGCGUUUAAUAGGCUAAAUAGACGGUGCAUGUCGUUGUAAUUAAGUUAAAAUUCUACAGUGUAUACAUACGUACAGUGCCCCAUCAUUAAAAUAAAAAGCUCAUUUUUCUUACGAUGAUUUUUGGUUUCACCAUCCAAUUCAAUAUUCCUCAUGUGAUACUCCUCACAUAUUUCAUAUUUACCCAAAUCCAAUCGAGAGCAGAAAUACAUAAGGGCGGCAUACUUUACCCCAGAGAAUCUGAAACCAGACAAGUUUUAUCAUUGGAUGGAAUAUGGAAUUUUGCGGCAGCCGAUUCCGAUUCCACGAGAAGUUCCUUCAAUGGCUUGGAACAGCAUUGGUAUAAAAGAGAUCUUAAAGAUAUCCCGGAUGUGAAAGUUAUAAAAAUGCCUGUACCAUCAAGUUACAACGACAUCACCACCGAUUGGAGAUUAAGAGAUCAUGUUGGACUAGUGUGGUAUGACAGGACCUUCUUUGUGCCGAAAUUUUGGUCUGAAAUUGGAAGGGUUUGGUUAAGGUUUGAAGCUGUUAAUUAUGCUGCACAAGUGUGGAUAAAUGGACAACAAGCUGUAAGUCACGAAAUCGGCCAUCUGCCAUUCUUAACAGAAAUUACGGCUUAUUUAAAAUAUGGGAAGGAAAAUCGUAUUACGGUAUCUGUGGACAAUACUUUACUGCAUGAUACUAUUCCACAAGGAAGAAUUUUAGAAUUAAGCAGUGGCCGACGAGAUCAAACAUACACGUUUGAUUUCUUUAACUAUGCCGGUAUUCACCGUCCAGUUAAACUCUAUACAACUCCAAAGACUUAUAUUGAUGAUAUUACUGUAAUAACUUUAGAAGCAACUCACCAAAAAGCAAAGUUAAAAUACAUAAUCGAAUCACAAGGAGGGCAAAACUUAAGAUGUAAAGUUGAUUUGGUUGACAAGUCGAAAACAGUCGUAGCACAAAAUGAAGGGCAAUGUUUAGGAGUACUGAAUAUUAAAGAACCUAAGCUUUGGUGGCCGUAUUUGAUGCAUCCAGAACCAGGUUAUUUGUAUUCGUUAGAGGUAGAACUAAUAGAUGAAAACAGCGACAUAAUAGACAAAUAUGUCCAACCAGUGGGCCUUCGGGUUCUCACCUGGACAAACACCAGUUUCUUUAUAAACCAAAGGCCGUUAUACUUGUACGGAUUCGGAAAGCACGAAGAUUCUGACAUCAGGGGGAAGGGUUUGGACCUUCCCUUGGUCAUACGAGACUACAACUUGAUCCAGUGGAUCGGGGCAAAUGCUUAUAGAACAUCCCACUAUCCUUAUGCAGAAGAAAUCAUGGAUUUAGCUGAUGAGUUGGGAAUUAUGGUAAUAGAUGAAUGUCCUUCUGUAAAUACAGAGUCCGAUACAGAAGUCUUUCUUUUUAGAAUAUUUUCCUCGACCCUCCUCUCCAAGCACAAAAUAUCUCUGACGGAACUGAUAAAAAGAGAUAAAAACAGACCGAGUGUCAUCAUGUGGUCCGCCGCAAAUGAACCCAGGACUAUGCAAACGGCUGCAGAAAACUACUUUAGAGAAGUGAUCGCGCAUAUAAAACUACUGGAUAACACCCGACCAACUACCAUAGUAGAAGCAGGUGAUUUAACCAAAAUUAAAUCUUCAGAAUACGUGGAUAUAAUUAAUUUUAAUCGUUAUAACGGUUGGUAUACUAAUGCAGGAAAUUUGGACGUGGUACCAUCCACGGUAAUUGCGGAAGCGACUGCAUGGCAUAAGCAGUUUAACAAACCGGUAAUUCUUCAGGAAUAUGGCGGUGAUACUUUUGAGGGAUUACAUUCGCUGCCAGAAUUCAUUUGGUCAGAAGAAUACCAAGUCAACCUUAUGUCAAAGCACUUUGAAGCUUUUGAUGAACUUAGAACUACCGGUUUCUUUAUAGGUGAAUUCUUAUGGAACUUUGCUGAUUUUAAAACAGAUCAAGGUUACACUCGAGUUGGCGGUAAUAAAAAAGGUAUUUUUACUAGAAGUCGUCAGCCUAAAGCUAGCGCUUAUCACCUACGCAAACGUUACUGGAAUUUAGCGAAGGAAUUUUACAAUGUUUCCCUGCCAAGUGAUCUCAACUCGUAUGUUAUUAGGCAUAAAACGGGUUUUCGUGAAGAAUUAUAGUAUUUAUUAGAAAACAACAAGACUGGAUUAUGUCAAAGUGAAAACUUAAUUUAAUGUAGUGCAACCCAUAAGAAUUUAUGUAUUUAAAGCGUAAACUGUUAUAUAAAGGAUACACGAAAGAAUUGUUUUGAAAGUUAUUAAAUUUAUUUAAAAAAUA